UAACAUAAACACUCGCACGUGCGAUUACAUUUUUCUCAGCGGAUUAUAGUACUUUGUCGGGCCGAAUGUCGUCGAUUUUAAACAUCAACAUCGGUGUGCUGGGCCACGUCGACUCGGGGAAGACGUCGCUGGCCAAGGCUUUGAGCACCACGGCCAGCACCGCGUGUUUUGACAAAAAUCCCCAGUCCAAGGAACGCGGAAUCACCAUUGACCUCGGUUUCAGCUCUUUUCAAGUCGACAUGCCGGAGCGUCUGAAAAGCGAGACCAACUGCAGCACUCUUCAGUUCACCUUGGUUGACUGUCCUGGCCAUGCGUCCCUCAUCAGGACAAUCAUCGGUGGCUCACAGAUCAUCGACAUGUUCAUCCUGGUCCUUGACGUUACCAAGGGUAUGCAAACACAGACGGCAGAGUGCCUAGUCAUUGGCGAAAUCACGUGCAAUAAGAUGAUUGUCGUCCUCAACAAGUCAGAUUUGCUGCCAGUGGAAAAAAAGCAGGCAACGAUUGAAAAGAUGACAAAGAAAAUGAAAGCGACAUUGCAGAAUACUGUGUUUAAAAAUGCAGAAGUUGUUGCUGUGUCAGCCAACCCCGGUGGCCAGGAGACUGACUCUCCAAAACCUCAUGGGCUUCAAAGUUUAGUUGACUGUCUUUGUAAUAAUGCCUAUGUACCUGAAAGAAGUGAAAGUUUGCCAUUUGUCUUCUCAGUUGAUCACUGCUUCGGAAUCAAAGGUCAGGGAACAGUAAUGACAGGCACUGUUCUUCAAGGUGUCGUCAAGAUAAAUGAUGUUGUUGAAAUCCCUGCGAUAAAAGAAACCAGAAAAGUGAAAUCAAUGCAAAUGUUCCGACGGCCUGUGGAAAAAGCAGCCCAGGGUGACAGGCUUGGCAUCUGUGUGACUCAAUUUGACCCAAAACUUCUGGAACGUGGCCUCGUCUCUGUCCCCAACUUCAUUCCAACCAUCUAUGCUGCUGUGGUCAGCCUGAAUAAAAUUCGCUUUUUCCACGGCUCGAUAAAGACUAAAUCAAAGUAUCACAUGAGCAUCGGACACGAGACUGUGCUUGGAAAAGUGACUUUGUUUAAAGGGUCACAGCCUUUUGACCUGAAGAAUGAGUUUGAAUAUGUGGAGGAAAUUGAGUCUGAAGAAAAGGAAUCCGAGCUUGCUGGUCCUUCGUACUUUGCUUUGAUUGAAUUCGAGAAGUCUGUGACUGCGAUUCCCGACUCUCUGGUCAUUGCCUCUAAACUGGAUAUGGACAUUCACACUAGCACCUGUCGACUGGCAUUUUGGGGGAAACUGAUCCUCAACUUGGAAGAUAAAUCGUACUCAACUAAUGAACUGCCUAAGCUGAAAAUUUACAAGAAUAAAUCCAAACGUGGAAUUGUGGAGAGAUCUCCGAACAAUUCAAGUGUGAUUGUGAAAAAUAUGUUCAAGAAAGAGACUAAUUUGCAACUCUUUGCCAAUAUGAGAGUCAAACUUUCGUCUGGAGAGGACGGAGUCAUCGAAAGCGGCUUUGGCCAAAGUGGAAAAGUUAAAAUCAACAUUCCAGGUGGACUGCUGGAAAAAACUCUAGAAAUUUUGGCAGCCAAAAAGGAGUCUACCUCGUCUACAAAGCCAGUCGAAGUGAUAUUAAACUUCAAAAAGUAUAUUUACGAUAGCAGUAAGAAGAUGAUUCAAAAGUAAAUCAAACAAAACUUUGUCUUUCUUCACGUUGAUAUUUUACAAAAAUUUACAGAAACACAAAUUUAUAAUAUGUGAUAAAAAUAAAUAAAUCAUUCAGCUGCACUCAGCAUGCUCAC